CUGAACGAAAACGCCUCUGUACGACUAGACCUGCCUUGGAAAAAUCAACAUGGAGAGCGACGACGAAGAAUCGUUUGCAGCAUUUGGCCGGCCUUUGGAGCAGUAUGAAGAAGGUGCUGUCCCUAGAAAGCCUCAGAAGGUGCAAGAUCAGACUGUACGGGAUGAUAAAGGAAGACAGAGGUUCCAUGGGGCCUUUACUGGUGGCUUUUCGGCUGGCUACUUUAAUAGUGUGGGAUCAAAAGAAGGAUGGGUUCCAACUACUUUUGUGUCAUCGCGGGAAAAGAAAGCAGAAAAGCAGGUGAUCAAACCAGAGGAUUUCAUGGACCAAGAGGAUCUGAGUUCAUAUGGGAUUGCUCCGCGUGAAGUGACCACCACUGAGAAGUUUGCUAGUAAGGAGGGCAGGAGUGAAAGAAAGAAGACAGCUCCAAAGGGUCAUCUUGGUCUAUUACCUGGUGUAGAAGAACUUAUUGUAGCCUCUAAAAGUUCUAUGGGUAUGAGACUCCUCCAGCACAUGGGCUGGAAAGAUGGACAGGGUAUUGGAGCACGCGUUAAAAGAAAGCCAAAGACCCAGAAACCCAGUGAAGCAGAGGGAGGAGGGAAAGUAUAUGGAUGUGCUAUGCCACCUGAUUUAGGCUCUGAUGAGGAAUCGGAGGAUGAUGACUACACAAGGGUAUUUACAUUUGCUCCCAAAGAUACCACCCCCAUUAGCUUCACCCCUAAGGAUGAUCUACAUGGUAUAGGGUACAAAGGAAUUAACCCUCACAAUGCUAUGGGACACGUUAACCUCUUUGAGGCCCCUGUUGUCACAAAGACUGGACAUAAAGGGAUCCGUGGACAGGCUUUUGGAACUGGUGCCUUGAAUGAGGAUGAUGAUGAUAUUUAUGCGAUGGAUCACAUGUCAAAUUACAAUACUGUGAUUGGUGGAGACGAAGAAGAUAAAUUGCACGGCUGGACAGCACCAGGAAGAAAAAGUCGCUUUGAACCUCAAGUGACAACAACAAUCACAAAAACUCUAGAAGGAUUCUCUAUUUCUAAUAAACCUGUUCCACCAAAGCCAGUAUUUUCUCCACCAUCAGUCCCCAAAUCUUUCAAGCCAUUCCAUGUUUUUGAUAAAACCCAAAAGGAAGCAGUUCAGAAGAUUGACAAAAAUACAAGAAGAGACAUGAGUGCAGUAAAGAGAGGGGAACUGAUAGGGGAACAACCGCAUAUAGCUUCUGUAUUUGAACUAAUAUCCAAGGCAGAUAAGGAUAAGUUAUCAAUAUCUACAAAGCCUUCAAAUGAAUUUUCCAAAAUGGCCGAAACUGGUCUUAAAUCUAGAUUUGCAUCAUCCAAUGAUAACUCCCCGACACAAGAAUCAAAGGAGUCCUCAUCACAACAGCCAAUAUACAGAGGAGGAAGAUUUAAACCAUUUGAGAAAGAUGCAGCCAAACAGAAAAGAUAUGAUGAAUAUUUGUCUCUCUCAUCACAUAGCCAAAUUGAUGCAUACAACCAAGUGGCUCCAUCUAAUAUGACAGAAUGGGAGAGAGAAAGAGAGAAGGAGGAAUUCAAGAGAGCCUCUCAAUUGUACAGGCCCAUGUCUAGUGUUAUGGCUACACGCUUCACAAAGGCAAAGUUUUCUGAUGCAGAGGAAAGGGAUGUUGAAGUACCAAAGGAAGAUGGAGGUGAUGUAAAUGACCAGAAGACCGCAGCUAAGAUGAAGAUGUUUGGUAAGACGACUAGAGAUGUAUUUGAGUGGCAUCCUGCAAAAACUGUGUGUAAGCGAUUCAAUGUACCUGACCCUUACCCUGCGUCAUCUCUGGUUGGCCUACCUACAGUUAAAAAGGAUAAAUACUCACUAUUCAACUUCUUAAGUCUGCCAGGUGACAGGUCCCCAAAACAUCCUGAACCCUCAAGCCCACCCAGAGCUAUAGAAUACAAAGGUGAAUCAGUUGCGUCAGAUACUCCUGCUGAAACUUCUGCUAAACCUACGAGUGAAACAUCAGACAUUGUCACACAAUGGAUUGACAAGAAGAAGGAGGGAGAAGUUCCAAAUAAGGAUGAAGUGGACAAGCCUCCGAUUGAUCUCUUUAAGGCAAUAUUUGAAGAUGAUGAUAGCGACACAAGUGAUGAUGACUCCAAUGAUGAUGAUGACAAUAUAAACAAUAUCACAACCAAACAUGAUGCUACUGUAGAUAUCAAAGAAGAACCAGGAAUUGUUGAUGAAGUUGAUCCAGAUCAUGUCCAACAGAAUUCAAAGUCAAAGCAAUUGGUUAACACCAAGGGUAUUCUUAGCAUAUUUGGUGACUUUGAAGCAAAGGAAAGGGGGACAUUCAGAGAACAAUCUCUUCAGCAAAGGUUAACUGGUGAAGCAAAUGAGUUAGACAGGUCAUCAAGGUCAAGGUCAGUUGAAAGGUCAGAUGUCAAGUGCAUUGCUGGACCUGCACUUCCUCCAGGCUUUAACCAAGGUUUCUUUGAUAAAGAAUCAGCCACUCAUUCUGGGAGAGAUGGGAGUAGUCAUAGGAAACACAAGAAGGACAGGCAUAGAGAUAAGAAAAAGCAUAAGAAAGAUAAAAAGAAAUCUAAGAAAAAGAAGAGUAAGAAGAAACACAAAUCAAGAAAAUCACAUCAUAAAUCGGAAAGCGAUUCUGAUAGCGAAUAUGAAGACACGACUAGUGAUGAUGACGUCAAAGAGGUAGACCUUGAUGAUAGAAUCAUGAAGACAUUGAAGUCUCUGCCAAGCAACAAACGUCUGAGAGCUGCAGAUUUUAUGUAAUCUACCACAUUCAGCUUGUACCAUUAAUAUAUAUUGGUGAAAAAGGACUUGCAUCAUUGUAAAGAGACUUGCAUCAUUGCAGAGACUUG